GUUAGUUGAACUUCACGCGUCGCCGGGUGUGCCGGGAAGUAAGCAGUCGCUGACGAUCGGAAAUCUAAAACAAUUACAGCGAGUAGGGCCGUGUACGAUAAAAAGAGAACACCAGCUGAUAGUGCACGACAGCGGAACAUUAUUGUAGUCUCUCAACUGAGUAUUUCGUACAUUCACAUAUUUUGUUUACAUAGUCCAUGCAAUGCGCAUAUGGCUGGGAACUGGAAGAUUUACAAAAUACGAUUGGAUACGAACAAGUCAUAAUAAUGAUUUAAAUUUUAAUGUUCUGAAGAGUUUAAAAUGAAUAUGUUUUUAAUAUCAGAAUUUUACGCAAUUAAGCCUAAAUGAGACUAACGCCAAUGGUUCAGUGUGAUACGUGAGAGUGAAUACAACGAAUGGGCGCUCCGUUGUGAUCUCUCUUUCCAACGGAACGUACAUAUGUACAUUCAUAUGUAUGUGCAUAGUUAUGUGCAGCAUCAGCAGCUGAGUAGAAACAUAUGAGAGAAAGAGAGCCGCGGUCGAAAUUAUUACUCAUUGCCAAAGUCAAACCUGCUGAUAAGGAUGUCGAAUGUAAGCUUUUCAACAGUCUGAACCAAAGAGAAGUGAUCAGUUUCCUACACAACAACUGAUUGAUUUACUAUGACAGAUGCCGGACUUCUCAGUUUACAUUAAUUGCUCACUUCUCGUUAACCAAACAUCAAAUUCACAAGUCGACAUAAGGAGAUGCCGACACUACUGAAAUAUUAAUAGCAUAAGUUCACCAUUUGACACCAAAUAACAUGCCAAAAUAUCAGAAGCUUGACAACACACUGUUGCCCAACGCUCACGAUGACGACUCUGAAGGGGGUUUCCCGGGUUACUUUGAUGAUAAUCAUCAAAGUUUGGGAAUCCAACAGGAUCCAGAUACUAGAGAUGAUCGACUGUCAGAUUACCAAGAUAGGUAUUACAGCGUUAACAACAAUAGUGUUAAUAGGGAGGUGGUGACAAUUGGGUCAAAUGUCGUCCGGGUUCCAGAGGAGCAAACCUGGGAAGUGCCACUGUUGGGCGAUUGUGGUGACAGUGCGAGAAACCAGAGCUCGGAAACGGAAUUUGAUAUGCAGCGUGAGUGCUGCAAUCAUCAACCAGGGUUCAGAGCCAACUCGAAGAGCAAAUCUGCACAGGAGGCCAAGUAUAAAAUUAUGCUCGCAGUUGCUCUGUGUUGCGUAUUUAUGAUCAUUGAAUUUCUUGGCGGCUAUGUCGCCGGAAGUCUGGCCAUAAUGACGGAUGCCGCCCAUUUAGCAUCUGAUUGCAUUAGUUUCGUCAUCGGUCUAGUCGCCAUAUGGAUAGGGGGUCGCCCGCCAGACGAGCGUAUGUCCUUUGGGUACAAACGCUUUGAGGUUAUCGGAGCUCUGGCUUCUAUUUUGGGAAUCUGGUUCGUAACUACCCUGCUCGUGGUUGUGGCUAUUGAGAGGAUCUUCUCCCAAGACUUUGAAUUAAACGCCGAUAUGAUGAUGCUGAUUUCAGGCAUUGGCAUAGUCAUAAAUAUCGUAAUGAUGUUUGUUUUGCAUGGAUCCUGGUUCGUGAACGGGAAUGGUCAUGGCCACAGUCACAGCCAUAGUCAUAGUCACAGCCACAGUCACGGAAACGGACAUGAGCCAAACGAUAGUCUUUCACAAACACGUUCCAAUUCGAACUUUCUUACGACCAUUGGAAGUCAAAGCGCUUCAACGGCAGAUGAGGAGGAUUCAAUAAGGAAAGAAAUUAAUUCAAACGAGCAUAAGAUUGUUAUUACAAAUGGGAAAAAACCAACUCUGACUGGGACUUCAAACAUGGAGCUGGCACACGAGGAUAAAAACCUGAACCUGCGUGCUGCUAUGAUUCAUGUGAUUGGAGACCUAGUGCAGAGCAUUGGCGUUUUUUUGGCCGCCGUCCUAAUUAAAGUUUGUCCAGGUGCCAAGUAUGCUGAUCCCCUGUGUACUCUCAUAUUCUCAAUUAUUGUAAUAAUGACUACCUUGCGUCUGUUUCGGGAGUCUUUGGGCAUCAUCGUGAAUGCAGUUCCACAAAACCUUAAUAUGCGCACUCUGCACUUGGAGCUGGGCAGCAUCGAAGGUGUCAGAUCUUUGCACCACCUAAACGUGUGGCAACAGACCUCUCAGCAAAGGGUGCUGAUGGUGCAUCUCGUUACAGACUCCCGAGCGGACGGCAAUGAGGUACUGCAGGCUGCCACGGCGCUCGUAUCCAGCCCAAGAUAUAACAUCAAGCAUUCAACCAUUCAAUUGGAACCUACAACAGAGUAGUCGUUAUCAACGAAAUAAUGUAAUGUUUGUAAUGUUUGUAAAUUCUGACCCCCAAAAAAUGAGGAUUGCAUCUAGCCGUGUUAUUUAAGCCAUGUUAUUUUACUUUGUAUGUGGCAACCUACAACAUUUACUGUUAAACAUCCAGUGACAUUACCCCAAAGAAAAUAUAUUCUAAUUUUAGAAUU